UACACCGCCACCUGAGAGAGAGAUAGACUAUAUAUAUAUAUAUGUAUAUAUAUAUAUAAAUGUAUAAGUAUCUAGAAAAAUCACUGGGCUUCAUCUCCUUGGAACGCUUUGGCUUCUUUUUCUUUCUCUUCUUCUUCAUCACUCAAACCCUACCCAAUUCCAAUUCAGCUUAGAAUUGUUAGGUAAGAGAAAGUCUCUGUCUUUUUAAGAUGGCUUCAAAAAGGAUCAACAAGGAGUUGAAGGACCUCCAGAAAGACCCUCCUGCUUCUUGCAGUGCUGGUCCUGUGGCUGAUGAUAUGUUUCAUUGGCAAGCUACUAUCAUGGGCCCUGCUGAUAGUCCCUUUGCUGGGGGUGUUUUUCUCGUAUCUAUUCACUUCCCACCUGAUUAUCCAUUCAAACCACCAAAGGUUUCCUUCAAGACAAAAGUUUUCCAUCCGAACAUCAAUAGCAAUGGCAGUAUAUGUCUCGACAUUCUGAAAGAGCAGUGGAGCCCUGCUCUAACCGUAUCCAAAGUUCUUCUGUCGAUAUGCUCGCUGCUGACUGAUCCAAACCCAGACGAUCCUCUGGUACCGGAGGUCGCUCACAUGUACAAGUCGGACAGAGCUAAGUAUGAAUCUACUGCUCGAUCCUGGACUCAGAAAUAUGCAAUGGGGGGUUGAGAGGGUUAUGGUUUAUUCUGCCAAUGGUUACUGGUGUCCUAGACCUGUUUUGGUAGAAUUAAUAGUAGUAGUAAAUAAAUAGAGGUUUGUUUGAGUAACUUUCUUGGUCUGUUACUAUGCUUUGUGUGUCACUCUCUUGAGUCUUGACACACCACACCAGCCAUUCUUGACAUUAUUAUUUUGAAUAGUUGAUAAUAGUAGCAUUGCUGUUGAAUUUUAUCAA